GGAGCAAGAGAGAGAGAGAGAGAGAGAGAGAGGGAGACUUUAUAGGGAGCCAGUGGAAUGUUAUCUCUCAAAUCAUCAGAGGCACGAGGACAAGCACGCGUGGUUGUAAGGAUGGCUGGAACAAUAUUCUAAUAAUCCACGGGAAACAGAGAGGAGGACAGCCGGAGACGACACUUUCUUAUCUCAUCGAUCUUAUCUGAGGACGCGUGUCCAUUGUUAUCCGCACACGGGUCAGAGGGCAGCACAUCUCAGAGCGUGCGUUACCGGUCCUGUUAUUAUAAUAUCCAUUCUGUAACACCUCUCACGGAAAUUUCAUCAUACAACAACAAUCUACGAUACCGGCUGCGUUAUAAGUGGAAUUAGUGGCGAGGAAAAUAUUAGGCUGAGAAAUGCUGUUGCUCAUGCCAAAAUAAAAAUUCAGAAAACACAAUGGACAGAUGAACAUGAAACACUAAAACAGAUUUGAUAAAGGGGAUUUUGGGGAAUAAACUGAUUCUCGUCCUAUUCAUCAUCAACAGAGGGCAGUUAACAAUCAGUGCACUUUUGAAGUUUUUAUCAAACGGAUCUGAAAAUGAUGCUGAGCCCCGAUCAGACGGAUCCUGACCUCACCUGGGGACAGUCGGACACGGAAUGUCUGAACAUCAUGAAGGUGGAAUGUGUGGCUCACGAGCCCUUAGAGGCCGAGGAUGGCAAGACUCGCGCACUCGUGCCAGCCGCGCUCACUAGAGAGGAGAAGAGACGGAGGAGGCGCGCGACUGCGAAGUACCGCUCUGCGCAUGCCACGCGAGAGCGCAUCAGAGUGGAAGCGUUCAACGUAGCAUUCGCUGAGCUUAGAAAGCUGCUACCAACACUUCCACCCGACAAGAAACUGUCCAAGAUAGAAAUACUUCGUCUUGCUAUCUGUUACAUUUCUUAUCUUAACCACGUUUUGGACGUUUAGACUAACUUUCAGCGCAUUCUGAAACAAAAUCCUACAGGUGUAUAAAGAAUACUUUUAUUGACAUGACAGCUAGACUCGCAAACAUUAAGAAAAAUGGGUAACACUUUAUAAUUCAGUAAUAGGCCUACAGUAUGUAAUGUUAUUGAACUGUCUGUCCUUAAAAUAGGCUACCCUAAAAAAAAGCCUAACAAAAAAAGAUAGAAGGAAGUCAUAAUGUAUUCUGUUAGACAGUGUUUUCAAACGUUUCAGUAGGCUAAUCACUAAAAUAAUUAGCCUUGAUGAAGGUUAUUAUAAAGAGUUACCCAAAAACGUUUAACGUGUUGCAAUAAGUGAAGCUUGUUGUUUUUAACACCAUAACAAGAGUUUAGGAUAACUGUUCAACAUCCAAAAUCAUAAGCAUAUUUGUGCCAGUAAUUUGCUGUGGAGAGAUUUGACUUGGGCUGGAUCUUUAUACAUCACAUUGGCCUAAACGAAACAACAUUACAUUUAUCUUUCACAAUCUUGAUAUAAAUCAAGCGGAUUUUAUAGGCCAACCAUCUGGGGGGGAAAAAAAAAAAUGUAUAGGCUACAUCUAUGUGCUGGAACGAAUCGUAACCUUGUUGUUAAUUUAUUCGUUAAUUUAUUUUCUUUUACAUGUAUUUUUGUUUAUUUUUAUUUAUGAAGUAAAUUAAGUUAUGUGAGUGUCCUUAAAAUAGCAUAUCUAAAGUGUUUACGUAUACAUGUAAAUAUUUAAUGUUUUAUUAUUAUUCAUAGACUGAUGUCGCAGAGUUUGGGUUUACUGUUGCUUUUCAUUUGCACUUUUCAUUGGCAGUUUUCUUAGGAGUAGGAGGGCCUUCGCUGUGUGUGCACUACGGUUAUUAUAAUGGUGUUGCUGUCGCUGUCCUGUCCUAUGAUAACGAGAAGCACUUCCCAUCGGAUAGGAUCUAUUGCUGUAUUGUUUAUUUUGUUUACAAAGUGCUCAUAGAUAGCGCCUUGGGUACCAGAUGACUUGUGAUGGAUUAAAAGUACCAUUAGACUAAAUUAAAUAUAGGCCUACAUAAUAAUCAAUGUCACAUAAAUAAUUUGGAAUAAUACAUAAAGAGUUGCUUAAUUGCCUUCCAAGUCUAUAAGCUACCCAUAGACGCUCUCUCUGCUGCGACCAAAAAUGAUCUCAAAGUAGUUUAUUUUUUCUUUUAGAAACUAUUUAUAGAGAUUAUUUGUUUACGUGAUUCUUGUGAACCUUUUGGAAAUUUUAUAGUGAACAAAUUAUCUCACAUCUGCCUCAUAUCCAAAGAUUACCCUGUUAAUUCGGGGUUUUGUCCGUCAUUUUGUAGUGGAAUAGCCAGUACACUGGUUUGUAUCGCAGUUUUUCAUAACUAUUUUAGAAUAAAUAGUAAAAAAAAUAUUAAUUCAACGCCAGUUCGUCUGUUGUUUUUGCAUAAAACAAUAUGAAAUUAAAGAUAUUGUACCAAUAA